CUCAGAUUUCUCCUGAGCUUCAUCAUUAAUAUCUUGUCCCUGGAAUAGUCAUAAACGCAUUAGCGCUGUGCACAUGAGAUGCUGACAACAAAGCCAAUACAUUACAAAACAGCAGGGCGUGGUUACGCUGAGGGCGUGCUUUCCUCUGUUGUUCAAAUUCGCGAGAAGGGCAAGUUGCUGGCUAGGCACCGUGAAACAUGGAAUUUAACGACAGCUUUUUAAUUAAACACACCGAUGACUUAAAGCUGCCGGUCACAGAAACAGUGCACAGACAGCAGAUGACUCUCCACUGUCAGCAGUGCAACGCCGUCCUGGCGGACUCCACAGGCGUCUGUGGAGAGAUGAAAAGCAUGGACUCGCUUAUGUGCUUAAGAGUAACCAACGAUGUAGUCAUUAGUGACAAGAUGGAGUCAGAACAUAAAGGGGAAAUGACUAAUUGCAUCUACAGCUCUUUAAAAUGCCGUGGCUGCCGCUGUGCUCUGGGGAAAGUCAUUCACUCAGCACCCUCACGUUUGGCUCUGAUUCGGUCCAUCUUUCUCCUCUACAAAGCAAACAUCAACUGUUACAUCCUCAACAGCAGCUCCCUGGUGAAGGCAUCCACACUCACAUUUGAUCAGAAGCCGCUCAGACAAAGCAUGAAUGAGGUGAGACAACAGUUUGAAGCACAGCUGGAACAGAUGUCACGCAUUAAGAACAGACUGGUAGACAGAAGUGUUACCAGUAAUAUGGUCAACUAGUGUACACAGGACACCCAGCUCGACCUGGGAUUAGGGAAAAUAUGUUCUUCAGUCUGCUGCGUACUGUAGAUUGUUUUUGGUGAUGGUGGCAUUUAUGCGCCUCCAUAUACUUGUAAAGAAAAUUAUAUCACUAAUAAUGGAUUAGAGCUGAAAUGUGUUUGUUCCAUUGGAAAAUAAAGGGAAGAUCAGUGAACUCUAAUAUGUCAGAUUGUAUGUAAACAAUGGAUGCAGCUCCAGCAUUCAAGAGUGUGAAUACUUAAACUUGACACAGACCUGCAUUCUUUAGAAGGACCAGCAGAGGGCGCCUCCUCAUUGAAAAUUAAUUCUUAAGGUAAAGAUGGAAAAACCCUCCCGCUUCUUUGAUCUGCCACUUUCCUGUUGAGUUUAUGGCCUUGGUCACUAUUUUUUAAGUCUUACUGAAUACAGCAUGAUUAUUUUAUUUUGUAAAUUAUGGCCCCACUUAGGCUAUAAGGAUACAAAACAAAAUGGUAUGCUUUAUGAUUGGCUAGUUGCUACUGUGUGACCAUGAAGUGUCCUUGGUUAAUCAGUCAGAUUCACCCCUCCCUUCUGAUGUGUUGCUUGCUGACCAGAAUGCUUCAGAACUGGACCUCACUGUGCCAACAUCCAUCUUUUAUAUACAGUCUACGUUGACAGCUACUAAGUGAAAUUACUUUUUAUUAUUCAUUUUCUUAAUUGUUGUAGGUUAAAUCAGGGCAUUGUUGUGAAAUAUAAAUGUCAUUCCACCUGUAUUGUUACUUUGGUUCAAAACAUUGUUGCUGGUACCCUCACAAGGUAUUUGUCUAAAAUGGCAGAAUGCAGAUAUUAAUAAUUGUUACAGAUGAUGGCAACAGUUGUUGACACAGCUUCUCAGAUCCCUUCUCUGCUGCUGAUAAUGACUUCUUGCCAACGUUUGAGAUGUAUGGUCAAUGUUCAGUCACGCUCAGUUCAGUUCAAUUAAAAUGUCAAAGUAA